CGGUCCCUCGCGCCGCGGAUGGCGCAGGCGCGUUCCGAAGACUCACGCUUGUGCUCCGAGUGCUGAGAGCAGGCCGGGCAGGCAGGCGCGCGCGGGCUGUGCAGACGGGACGCGCGCCGGACGCGGGCGGCUCGAGGGGUACGGUUGGGCGGCGUCGGGAGCCGGACGGGCGGGCUGAGGAGCGGGCGCCGUGAUGGCCGAGGGCAGCGCCGUGUCCGACCCUCAGCACGCCACGCGUCUGCUGCGAGCGCUCAGCUCUUUCCGCGAGGAGUCCCGCUUCUGCGACGCGCACCUGGUCCUCGACGGAGAGGAGAUCCCGGUGCAGAAGAACAUCCUGGCGGCUGCCAGCCCGUACAUAAGGACAAAGUUAAACUAUAACCCUCCAAAAGAUGAUGGAUCAACCUAUAAGAUUGAACUUGAAGGGAUAUCGGUAAUGGUUAUGAGAGAGAUCCUGGAUUACAUCUUCAGUGGGCAGAUUCGGCUAAAUGAAGAUACCAUCCAAGAUGUUGUGCAGGCCGCAGACCUGCUCCUGCUGACGGAUCUGAAGACCCUGUGCUGUGAGUUUUUAGAAGGCUGCAUUGCUGCUGAGAACUGCAUCGGGAUCCGAGACUUUGCACUUCAUUACUGCCUGCACCACGUCCACUACCUGGCCACCGAGUACCUGGAGACUCAUUUCCGGGACGUCAGCAGCACAGAAGAAUUCCUAGAACUGAGUCCUCAGAAGCUUAAAGAAGUGAUUUCUCUUGAGAAGUUAAAUGUUGGCAAUGAAAGAUACGUGUUUGAAGCAGUCAUUCGAUGGAUAGCACAUGACACAGAAAUAAGAAAGGUCCACAUGAAGGAUGUUAUGUCAGCGCUGUGGGUUUCAGGGUUAGACUCCAGCUACUUACGGGAACAGAUGCUGAAUGAACCGUUAGUCCGAGAGAUCGUCAAGGAGUGCAGCAACAUACCCCUGAGCCAGCCGCAGCAGGGCGAGGCCAUGCUGGCCAACUUCAAGCCCCGGGGGUACUCAGAAUGCAUCGUGACCGUCGGUGGAGAAGAGAGAGUUUCACGGAAACCCACAGCAGCAAUGCGAUGCAUGUGCCCACUCUACGACCCCAAUCGGCAGCUUUGGAUCGAGCUGGCGCCUUUAAGCAUGCCGAGAAUCAACCAUGGAGUUCUCUCUGCAGAAGGCUUUUUGUUUGUAUUUGGGGGCCAGGAUGAAAACAAGCAGACCCUAAGCUCAGGAGAGAAGUAUGACCCGGAUGCAAACACAUGGACUGCGUUGCCACCGAUGAACGAGGCAAGACACAACUUUGGAAUCGUGGAGAUAGAUGGAAUGCUAUACAUUUUAGGAGGAGAAGAUGGUGAAAAAGAGCUGAUUUCCAUGGAAUGUUAUGAUAUUUAUUCUAAAACCUGGACAAAGCAACCUGAUUUGACCAUGGUUAGAAAGAUUGGCUGCUAUGCAGCUAUGAAAAAGAAAAUCUAUGCCAUGGGUGGUGGCUCAUAUGGAAAACUGUUUGAAUCUGUGGAGUGUUACGACCCGAGGACCCAGCAGUGGACGGCUAUCUGUCCCCUAAAAGAGAGGAGGUUUGGAGCGGUAGCCUGUGGAGUCGCCAUGGAACUGUACGUAUUUGGGGGAGUCAGAAGUCGCGAGGACAUCCAGGGUGGCGAGAUGGUAACUUGCAAGUCGGAAUUCUACCACGAUGAGUUUAAAAGGUGGAUCUAUCUUAAUGACCAGAAUUUGUGCAUCCCCGCCAGUUCCUCUUUUGUGUAUGGAGCUGUGCCCAUAGGAGCCAGUAUUUAUGUGAUCGGAGAUCUUGACACAGGUACCAAUUACGACUACGUGCGCGAGUUUAAGAGGAGCACGGGCACCUGGCACCACACUAAGCCGCUGCUCCCCUCCGACCUCCGCCGCACCGGCUGCGCAGCCUUACGUAUUGCAAAUUGCAAGCUCUUCCGCCUGCAGCUUCAGCAAGGCUUAUUCCGGAUCCGAGUUCAUUCACCUUGAAGAGGAGGCAGAGCAGAAGCAGAGCUCCUGCCCCAGCGCACCGGAACGCGGCUUUGUGUGAGGGGGGAGGAGGUGCGGCGGAGCUCCGAGCUCGCUCUGCGCGCCCGGCUUUGUCUGGUAACUGGUGGUUUUGUGAUGCUUAUAAGCCUGAGCUGCAGCUCUUGUUUGGGAGAACAUGUAACUGCUGAAAACUCCCGGGGAGAAGUGACUUCCUCUAGUAGAUGUGGCUGUAGACCACCCGGGGCUGGUCAGUGUCAACAGGAAAAGGGAAGUGGGGAUGGGUACAUUCAUGUAAAAUACUGAAGUUAAAAUACUAGGGUGCAUUUUCCCUGAAGGGAACUCAGAUCUGACUGACCGCUGUGUUCGAGUACCUGGCUUUGGUUAACAAACAAACAAAAAUCCGUAUAUGCAAACCAACAUAUCCAAACAUACCACGAUUGCUUUUUUACUGCAUCUGAAAGGAAAUAUUAUGCCUAACUCUGCCCAACAAAUUAAGGUUUGUGCCUAAAACGUUAGGUUGGGCUCAACGCCGGUUAGUCUCCACUUACUACUAGUGCUCUGUCCUAAGAAUCUUUUUUCAUUGAUAAUAUGAUGAAUUGAGACUAAGAUAAAAUUUCCCUUUUAUGACAUUCUGUCUUAGUGAUCUAAAGAGUCAGUAAGUUCAUGAGUCAGGUUGCAGCCCUCAUGUGAAUUUAAAGGAAGUUGCUAACUUCUGUGAUAAUUCAGAUUAAGAUCUGUCAGGACAUCCUUUCUGGGGUAGCGCUCGCUCGAGGAGCUGUGAAAGAUCUCCUGCAGUGACAUUCUUCCUUUCCAACCAGUCAACCCAUUUUAUAAAUAUGAGGCUAUCAGUGAGGAGGUUUUAUAAAAGAAAGACCUGAGUCAGACAAAUAGUAAAGGUCUGCGAUGACCAAAAACAAAAAACAAACAAAAAACUGUCCAGAGAAAAUAUAUAGGGAUCAAAAACUUUUAAAAAUAAUCUGUCUGAAAGCACACAAAGUCUUGUUUACUACUGUUUAGGAUUUGGAAACGUGUCUUAGAAUGCGAAUCCGUGUCAAGAAUCUAGUCUUUGUAGCAGAAUUUUCUCCGUGCCGUUCACUAGUACGAGUUUUAGACAAAUUACAUUACAAGUAAAGUUUGGCUGGUAGAAUAAACUACCUCAACUUAAUUUUAUUCGGUUCACAGAGAGCAAGUUAAUCCUUUCCUCCUUUCGUAUCUCUCGCUCUCAUGGUGACCCUACCCCAGCCCCCUCCCCCUGGGGGGACAAAGUCUGUCAUUAGUCCCACUUAUCUUAUAAGAUAUUUUGUUUUCCAUUCAAAUUAUACCACCUGAGUGUGAAACCAGGGACUUCAAAGUGCUUGAUUACUUCAUCAUUUGAAUUUUAUGCAAUAUCAGGUUUCUAAUGAACUGAAUAUAGAGCUUUUCAUUUCUAAUUGUUUUCUAUAGCUUUUUUCCCCCACCCCCUUAGAAUAUGGCUAUAAGAAGCAGCAUUUUGACUAAUAAAUGUGUAAAUGUAUUCUUUGGUUACAAAUUUGAGAAUAGGAAGUUCUCCUAGAAACUCCCUGCAUGGAAUGUUUGUAUUCUUUUCACGUUAGUGUGAGACAUUGCUUAUGUUUUCCCACCCAGGAGCUGUAGAAGGGGGACCGAUCUGCAGGGGUUUUCUUCCACCUGUUAGAAGUCAGGACUGUGCUGCAAAAGUUGCUGAGGAGCCUUGCUUGUGGGGUUCUGCAGAGUGUUGUGUGUGCACAUUAACUCUCCAUCCUGGCAGAAGACGUGGGCAGAAGGAGGUACAGGUUCUUACCUUCUUUUUCAGAGACUCUGGGCCAGAUUUGCCCCUGAGUCUCAUAAGACAGUCAAAUUUGGUUCUUAAGGCCAAGCCAGCCUCUUUGUUUUGUAUGGUGUACCAGUCAGCUGUCGUCUGCACACUUUCCCCAGGAUACCUCUAAUGUCUUUUUUUUUUUUUUUUUUUUUAACAUUUGGGUUUGGGGGUUGUAAUUAGGUUUAUUUAUUUUUGGAGGACGGAUGUACUGGGGUUUGAACCCAGGACCUCCUGCAUGCUAAGCAUGCAGCUCUACCACUUGAGCUACACCCUCUCCACUUUCAAAUGUCUUUUAAUCAAAGCAAGCAACAUGGCCACUGCAAAGAAAGAAAACUUUCUUUUUACAAGUUGACGUUAGUUGUAGAGGAAACAAAUUUUUGCUGAAAGAGUGCAUUUUCUUUGGUAAAAUGUCUCUCAUAGAACAGAACCCUGGCCUUCAGAAGCCACAACUGAGUUACAUUAAAGUAGUAACUGAUGUCCUUUUAAAGCCUUGACAGUCAGAAGUUCUCUUUUCUCUAAUUUCUGAAGUUUGAAGCCCUUUCCAAGUCUACGCCAGUCCUCUUCACUGAGACAGUUUGUUGUUGAGGAGUGAAUGGGUCCCUGUUGAAAUAUCAUCAGUGCCUGUGUGACUCAGUCAAUUUGUUUUAUAAAAUAGUUCUUUUUUUUUCUUUUAAUUCAGUUUAUUGACACUGUAGCUGCAGAAAUUAGGUAAUGUUUUUAAAAAUAAAUUUGCCACAUAAUAUGGGAUGCAAUAACCAACAAAAGCUUCUAAGUGCCAAAAUGUUAUUUUACUAUAUAUAAAUACAGAAAUAUUAUGUUGAAGUGUAGGGAUGUAUUUAAUUUUACUGUGUUCCAAGAUUAAUCAUGAUUUAUUUGGUGAAUUACAGUUAUUUCAGUAUUGUGAAGUAAAAUUUAACUCAUUUCAUGCAGGUUUGUGUUUUAACAUUCCACUUUUGCCUUGGAACAUCCUUUCUUGACAAAUUUUUGAUACUUUUUCCUUAAGGCACUUUUACCAGGCAUAUGUGGAAUUAGCAGCUGAAGAUAGACCGUAGCAUUUUAAAUAGAGUAUCUUUGGGCGAUGUGCAAUUUAUUUUCAUGAUCGCACCAAAAGCAGGAGAGUUGUCUCAGGUUAGGUUAAAUGAAUAAUUAGAGGCUCUUUUCUAGGCUAGUCUAAAGUAGGUUUGUUUGUUUCUUUCUUUAACACAUCCAGAUAUAUUUUUUUCCCAAGAUUUAAGUGUUUAAUUUAAAAUGAAGUUUUUAAUUUUUGUGUGUGUAAUAAUGCUUAUAUCCUGUGAGAGGUAAAAGUGUGUGAGAGAGAAAAUGUGUGUGUGCACGCGCCUGUGUGUAUGAUAUGACUUGGUAAGUCUGUUGUACAUGUUUACUUUUGGAACUGUUGUUCCAAACUACAUAUAUUAUUGUCUCCUGGUGCUUCAGAUAAAUUCUUGAGCCUGUGGCCCUUCAGUGUAUACCUACUGUGUUAAACUCAUGUUGAGUGUGUAUAUUGAUGUAUUUGUGGUUUAUAGAAAGUUUUACUUGGCUUUUGCAUUUCUUUUCUUUAGUGUAUUAAAGCUGGUAGUUGGUAUGCUAUAAACAUUUGGCCUAAGGAAUUUCUAAAUUCAUUGUUUCUUUCUUUAAUUCAUUAUUUCAUUGCUGUGAGGAAUUGGUAGCUAACUUAAUCAAUCUGUGCAACAACCAAAAAGAAUAUUUGGGGGACAUUGGGCAGUCUGUUGUCUGUCGUAAAGUGUUGUGUUCUGUUGCACUUCCAUUUAAUGACGGCACUGCCUUCAGCGAUGCUUUGAAAGUGCCAUUUUUGUAAUUUGUAAGUGGGGAGUCCCCUUGGCAAAGCACAGGAAAUCCACUCUUUACAUUGGCGAGGUAAAGACAGGGUUCCUUUGCUGUGGCACUUCAUUUACUCAGGGUAGCAAGUUAGGUUUUUAGAGAAAUGCGUUAGCUGCCUUGGGCUAUUGGGGUUCCUUUUGGUGCGUUCCUACUUCAGUGCCCCAAACCAGGGAGCCCAGAAGUUUUCCAAGGAGCACUGAGAACCCUGAGUGUUACCUUCCAGAAUGUUGGCUUUCUUGGUUCCAGAGGAGGCUGCCCAUGAUCAGAUGAAGGCAUGUGAUGAUCUGGGAAAAGAAUGAGGGGGCACUUUCACCGCAUCAGUUUGAAAGGUGCAGGAACCCCCUGCAGAACACCAAGUGGAAGGGAAGGGAGGGAUCAGUGGCCACCCCUGGAGCUGUGAGAGAAGAGACUCCAACUGGUGCAGAGAUACCCACCCUGGGUUUAAUCAACAGUGUUGAUUGAGCGCCUACUCAGAAUUCUGCUUGGCUUUCUGGGGAGCUUAACCGUGAGGCAGAUGAAAUCCUGCCCCCUUUCUAGACCACACACCCCUUGCGGGCAGGGACCGUUCUUAGUCUUCUGCUCAUCCCAGUGCUUGGCACACAGUAGGUAGUCAGUACAUGUUUGACCAGUGAGUAUUGUGUGUUUGCGAUCCAGGUGAUGUUUGUCACGCAGCUAGAAAGGACUCUCCGAGUGUGACUGAAUUUUACAUGAGAUUUUAAAUGAGAACCUUCGUACAGAUAGGCUGGCCUCAUAACACAGAGCGGGACCCCAGUACAGAAUAAAAAAGUGCCCAACACACAUGACACACACCUCUGUGGUUGCCAUAUGUUCUGUAGGGUUUUUGAGACCCUGCACUCAGCACAUCUAAUGAUGUUUAUCAUGUUGAAUGCUGGGUGUUGUUUACUGCUGUUUAUCUGGGGCCCAGAAUCUUUUCCAGAAUGGGCUGCUGUGGCCCUCGCAUCCCUGCCACAGGUGCAGGGCCCCCACCGGACAGAAAGCUGCCUUCGGGGCCCAGCACAUACAGCUUCCUUCCCCAUUUGAGAGGUGAGUAGAAACCAAAAGCAAAGCAAAAUCUUUGGAUUAUCAUUUCCCUGUUCAGCCUGUUAAGCUAUCACUUAAUUUUCUAGGCAUACGAGUAUUUUUAAUCAGAUAAUAAUCGUUUGUGGUAUAACUUACACCGCGAGGCAUAUCCUUUGCAAGUUGCACAAAUUAAAGCCGCCAGACCUUUGGUUUUCUUUGUCAGUUAGCUAUAGCAAGUUUAAGAAUUUACCAAAAUCAAAAGAAUAAAAGUAAUAAGUAUUUGAAAGAGAAGCUAUUUUUACUUUUAAAGAGCUGAAGCUUCAUUUAUACUUCCCUUUCUUUUAGCACAUGUAAAUCAGUAAAGGAAAAGGCACAGUAGUAUCUUAGAAUGUUGGAGAAAGCCUUUUGCUAGCUUUGUAGUAAUCCCUGAAGCAUUCCGUAUAGCUGCUUCAGAAAUUAUAGAAAUUUACAGUGCAAGGGCAGUGACCUACUUGUCUGUAUUUGAGGAGAACGUGAACUCAGGAUGAAUCUGUUCAGCCUGCUGGCAGUGAAGUCUCGGUGGUAUUGAACUGUAGACUUCCUCUUUUUUUUUUUUUUUGGCAAACCAGUUGGUAAAACUUCUAACCUUUUUGUGUUUUUCAGAAGUAAUUCUAUUAUUUUAAUCUUAAACCUAUCUCAGCUUUGUCCCGUUGCAAUAGAUGACAUAUGAUGAGGUCAGAUAUGACCAUGUGUUCUUUGGUCUGAUGCAUACAGUUUAGAAAAGUUAUUGUUCAGCUGUGUCACUGACGUUCUCAGUAAGUCAAUAAGUGAGUGGAUUUUUAAACUCCUUCCCUUUCUUCUGAAAUCAAGUAUCUGAUAAAUAAAACAGCAUUGCAUAAUUAUAUAGUGAGAAAUGUCUAUUGUCUUCUCUUUAUUUUGAGAUAAAAACUAAUCUUGUAAAAUUACUACUCAGCUGAAAUUUGGGCUGAUUAUAAUUUUUGGUACUGAUGGCCCAGCAAAGUUGUUGUGAAUUCUUGAAUCACUGUGAUUUGAAUUAGAGAGGGAACAAGUGGGGAGGGGUCAACAGCCCACAGAAUGUGGGUACACACUGCACAAGGUGGAGUGGAGAAGCUUAGCCAGUUCGUAUGACUACGUAAAUAAAGGGCCACUUGAAAUAAUUCAGAUCCCAAGUGAGUGUAGGUUCAUCUUUCUUGCUGAUGAGUGAAUCAUAUUUAUUUGAACUUUAUUUUUAGCAUUUCAGGACAAAUUGUAGGGUUUUAAAAGUACUCUACUUGUAUUAUUCUCACUCACCAAUUACAAAUAAGGUGUACCAUAGAACCUUGGGUUCACUUUUUUUCAAGUUAAACCAAGGAACUUGGUUUAAAUAUGACUGUACCUCUGUACAAGCAGUUUGCUUUAUCACGCUUCCUGUUUAAUUGGAUGAGAAUUACACAUGCACUUAUUCCCUUGUUCGUCGUGUUUAUAGGAAAAACCGUUCUCGGCUACCUCAUUAUGUAGUGCUGUGCUCGAUCCCCUGCCAAUUUAGAAGAAUUCAACACAUUCUGUCCUUUAACAAAAGCCUGGAAGCAAGCAGUGAGCGGCCUUGAGGCGUACAAUUCUCUAAGGCGUAGUUUCCAUUUUACUGCUUUUUUUUUUAAUAGGCACUUUUAAUCAGGAGGAACAAUAAUUCUAGAGCUGCUACAAAGUGAUUACUUGAAACUCAACUUGAACUUUAAAGAGUCUUUACAAGGCUAUGUUUUCAUAAUACAGAAAAGCAGUAUAUAUUUAAACACCACUGCUGUGUAAAAUAGAGGCUUCACUGCCACCUCCCUUAGGAUCAGACAGGAAGACAGGUCUAUCUGUCAUCUGACCCAGUGUUUGGAAUUUAGAUGCUUGGGGCUACAGGUUUUCAUUUUCUUUAAGGUGCUUUUGUGAGCAGUUUAAGAAUGUAUCUUCAUGAAUUGUUUCCCAAGAAUCUUAAUUUUCAGGAAAGUUUAGACUCCCAUCUCUGAGUUCCUCUUCUCCCUUGGUUCUGAUAACCUGGGGUUUUCUGAGUGCAGGGUUGAGUUGACCAAACAAUGGAGAAGCACAUUACACUUCACACUGCAAGUGAUCGGAUUGGUUUUGUGUGUCAGUGGACUGUCCCUGGCUUCCACCUGUACACACCUUCUUUCCAGGGCACUUGUGCCCGCUGACCUCUCCAGCCCCUGGCAUCUGCCAGCUUACCUGGUUGGCGAGUUAGGGGGAGCUGUAGGGCCCAUCAGUUCUUAUAAACAGACCUUCCCAUCAGAGUAUGAUUUCUUAUAGGAAUUACCCAGUACCCCUCCUGGCCAAGAGAGUUAUGCCCAUCCUUAAAAAGCCAGCAUGCUAGGAAUAACUUAGGUCCCAGGUACAAUCUAACACCUUAACUGUCCCUGCGCCUUAGUAAGAUUUAGUGUUUAUGCUUGUGCUUUUUAAACUAAAGGGCUUGCUCCUGACAGUAGAAUUCUGGCAGAGUUCUCAGGUAAAUGGAGCAGUGUGGCACUCCCUUAAGUGGUUUCCAAGAGAACCAAGCCCUCUAGAGCCCCAGGCUUUCUUAUUUUAAUUAUUUUGAGAAAAGCAUCUGUAGACAUUCUGUGUACUGUCCCAAGUGAACCUAGUGGUUGUGAGCAUACGUGGGCGCUGGUACCGGGUGCAUGCGGGUUUGAAGAUGCUGACUUCUCUGUGAGGUUGGAAACCCUUUAACCCUGAAGCUCAGCUCUUAGGUGUGGGUAUUUACCUCCUUGGGUUGCUGGUGAGGGGGCCAUCAGUGCAGUAAUGAAGGUGAGGACUUGGUGCCUUGCACACAAACGUGAUGGUGGCGGUGGUUCUGACCUCAACUGUUACCGCCCUUCUCAGCUUCCAGUCGCUGAUGACGUCCGCUCCUGUGGGGUAGGGGCUGCCCCCAGCUCAGUGUCCCUGGCCUCAGUGGUUUCUUCCCUCUCACAUCUGCCACCACGUGAUACACAAGUAAAUGCAUAUUUGCAUUUAUAAAAUUACUUAUUUUCUGCUCUCCUACUUCUCCAGUACCUAAAUUCAAGAUGAUUCUGGAUAGCCAAAAUACCCCAGAAUACAUGUUCAGAAUAUCUAGCGUGGUUAUAAAUAUCUCUUAUUUCAGGAAUUGCCUCAUGAAAUACUCUAAUAAUAUUUUAAACUCUUUCCCAAAGUUGAAUUUUUCUUUUUUCCCUAAAAUAGCAAAAGUAACAGUCUAUAUUGGUCAAAUAAACUGGAUACUUUCUAGACCUCUUUUUGAGAUCAUUAGACGUGAACUGUCCUUUCUGAACUUGGAUGUUAUAUGAAGCUUAAAAACAAGCAAACAAACAAACUUUGUGUUGUGUUACGUGUGUGUGUGUGUGUGAGAGAGAGAGAGAGAGAGAGAGAGAGACAGUGUAGAAUUUCUGUACCUUCAAGUAAAGAAGGGUUAUUUAACAAGGUGAUACCAAAAGUGAGCUACCUAAUCUUUUUGUAAACUCGCUUCCUUUCCAGUUCAGACUACAGACUGGUAGCCUUAGUGGUACGUGACAUUCCCAGCUUAUCUUGAUUUCAAUAAGGUAUUUGAUAAAGUCAUUCUUGAUAUUUUUGUGAUUGAAGAAAGGAAGUAGAAAUAGGUUUGAAAGGACUGAGAAAUACCCAGACAGUGUUGGUGAGAAUAGACCCCUUGUCAGCAUGGAUGGAGGUCCUCCGGCAGUGUCUGUUUUUAACAUUUUCAUUAGUAACUUGUGUAAAAAUAAAGACAGCAGAGAAAAGUACUGGGUGGAAGUAAGUGUUGGGUGUUAGGGUCUGCAGUGCUUUUUGCAGUCUAAUAACAUGAUUCAGUAGAGUCUUAUGUCUGGGUUCAGGGAAGAUAGUUCCCUAUUGAAAGGGAAAGGAAAAAAGGGGUGUUAUUGACCAUUAUGAACAUAAGCCAAUUUUGUUAAAAAAAAAAAAAAAGUGCCCUUGUCUGUGUGCAGGGCUGGUAGCCAGAAAAGGAAGUCUGUUCUGCAACUUGCGUCCAUGUGCUGCACUGAUGGGCCCCAGGUAAGAGACCUGAGCCAGCCUAGAGGCCGCCUAAUGGCUCUGGGAGCUGCACUGAGGCCCCAGCUCCAGCCCUGGGGAUUCUUGAGAACAAGCAGGUGUGCCCCCGCCCCAGUGCCUUGCUCAGGCCGACAGCAGAAAUGGUAGAGACGAAUGUUUUUGUCAGUUUGGGAACCUUCGGAUAGAACUGUCUCAUGGUACAGUGGGUGCCUCCUGUGUACCGAGCGCUCAGCUCUAAAGAUCAUCACAGGGCCGGCCCCCCGCAGCUGUGACAGCAGGUGUGACCGAGUCAGCAAGAGGAGUCUUGCUUGGUGCCAGGAUGUUGGUGACAGGCUCCAAAGCUUCUCGAAGACAAGAGGUUCUGUGAACAGUUUAGUAAAAAGGAGGGGGGAAAAAAACGCACAAUGUUUGUUCUUUAAGUUUUGCACUGCUUUUGAGGAGAGGAGGAGUCUUUGUUCCUUUUAACAUUUACUCUGGCCCGGUCCUUCCUCCCCUCCAGCCUCACUGCCUGCCACCUGCUCACCGUCUCUGGCCAGCAGCUGCAGGACCUUCAGGAAGAGACAUAUUUCUUGAGAUUUCCCUAAAACCACAUCCGCUAGAACAGUGAUUCUUGCUCUUAAUGUACUUUUGUUUUCAACCUUUGCAGAUUUGAGAAAGCUGAUUUAAGUAAAAGUCAUAAUCUUUGAAGCAGGGCCUGGGAUGCUGUCGAGGGGACUGGGCAUCGUGGAUGGUUGGGUUAGCCAGCCUCCUCCAGCCCCUUCCAAGUCCAGGAGUCCAUCACCUGGCUGAUGGGUUCCUUAGUCAUCCCUUGAGAAGCGUUUCCAGAGGACUUGCUGCCUUCUAUUCUGUCUCAUCCUCUUCUAGGAAAGUGCCCCCCUCCCAGUCUUCCUCCCAGUUCUGGAGGGAGAGGAAGGGGGCCACUCCCUCCUCCCGGCCUACCUGCCUAGGGGAAGCUCUGCCCCAAAGCAGAGGGGACAGCAGAGUCUGGGCCACGUGCCCAGCCCACGUCCAUGGUGUCGAUGGCAGGAGCCGUCUGUGUUGUCGUCUCCCCAUCCCCGUGGUCAUCUUCACUCUCUGACCGUCUUUUGUUUGAUCCAGUGUUAGUUUUCCUCCCAGUUUCCUGUUGUGCCCACACACACGCAGGCAGAAUCUUCGAGGAAAUGGGCUCUUCCCCACAGCUGGCACUUCUUUCUGUGCCGAUUGAGGAACUUUAGUCAGGGUGGAAGGAGGUUAUUUCAGUCCUGUUUUUCAGGGGACCCUUAUUUACAGACUUUUCUUGGCAAUCACAUGCCCACCCUGCCCUCUGUUCUUAUCCCACAUCUCUCCCAGCCUGGAUUUUUUGACUGCUUGAAUUAUGUAUCCAAAAAAAAGCCAGGGGCAGGGGGCUCUUCUGGUUCCCCAGACCAUUAACCUAAAAAUAUUUGUUGAGAAGGCAUUCUUCCGGGAGCCCCUGACCUGGCCUUUGUGACCAGCACUUUCCGCUCCCAGAGGGUCAGAUGGGUCACCCAGGCCGGCAGCCUCCCAGAGUCUGCACCUCCCACGGGAGAACCCGGGUCCCGGCGCCUCGCCCCCUCCGAGGCACGGCCGAGGGCAUCUCUGUGGCUCCUUGAGCAACUAGACUAGAACAGCCUCCCGGGCCCAGCUUGGCCUCCUUCCGCACCUGCCCUGGAGGUUCUCCGGGCUCCUCUCUGAGCCAGGACCACAGGCUCUGGAUGCCACACGAACUACCUCAGCACCCAGCCGGGAGGCUCCCUGUGGGCCCCCGUCAUCCAGCGGGACGUGCCGUCUGCAUCCUUGGAGCAGAGCUAGGCUGGGUUUUCUUUUCUCUUAUUUAGCUCUGACUUCAAACCACACUUCACUCCAAAUUAGGAACAGAAUCGGAAAUUAGAAUUACUUGUUUACAAUAAGAGAAACCAUCUUUUCCUAUGUUUUUUCCAAAGGAAUUUUUGCUUCAGAAGAAACUCCAGAAAGUAAAAUUUUAUUCUUGUUAAUCUAAGCAUAUGCUCAUUGAAUUUGACUCUUCACACUUUGUAAAAAAUUAGGUAGGAUCCUGUACGCAGGGCAAAAAGGUAUCAUCAGCUUAAAAUCAACUUUUCAAUUUAGAUGGAUUUAUAGCAUUGUUUUCCAAUAGGGGACCUCAAACUUCAGGUUCUGUGUGAAAGCAGAGAUCACCCAGACUCCGUGGGGCAGAUGCCUUUAUGGUGGGAAAUGAAUCCAGUGGCCUUGAGUUGAGAAAAGCACAGGCUGUUCGGCAGCGCUGGCUCCGUUGAACAGCAGCGGCUUUUUCUGCUGAUGGGGUUCCUCUCCCUCUGACUCGUCUGUGAUGUGGCGUUUGUUGGGUUCCCCAUGCCUGCGCCCCCCACGCCGCUGGCCACCGAGUGGUGCUUGUCUUGUUCUGAACCAUACUGCUUGUGAAUUGUGACAGCCGUGAGAACCAUAAUCGUGUUUUAGGCAGAACUUCUGAACAUCCAUUGCCUCCCAUUCUGCGGUGGCUUCAGCAGAGCUGGGGGUUAUCAGCGGGUUUAACAAAAGCACCUCCCUACUCUCCCCGCUUCACCCCCACCCUCACCAGAAACGGCUUUGUAGAAGCACCUCAAGCAGGCUCUGGCAGACUUCCUUCUAUCACUGUGUUCCUGGUGACAGAGACAUUCGUACCUGUCUGUGAAUAGGGUCCGUCCACCAUUUGUUGUAAACGUCUUAAUUCAUUUGUUUUCUAUCACUGAUGCCGGUCUUCUGCUGUGAGAGAAGACUGCCAAGGGGAUUCCUUUAAACAGGGCUAUAAAUUCAGUUAGACUCUGCCAGACUCAGGGCUGAUCUUCACAGUGGGCCCCGGUCCCACAGAACAGCCAGCAACGCUGCUGUUGGCUGGUUGCCUGUGUGGUCCCCGCUGCUGCUUGUGACAUCAUCCUUGUCAAAAACCAGUUUUUAGCACGCUCUUGAUUUGUCAUUUUGAUGCCUUUUUAAUACCAUAAAGAAAAGACCAUGAAUACCAAAUCCCCAAAAUACCAUAUCAGAACUCAUCCUGUUAAACACACAUCUUUGUUUAAUUAACAUAUCUACAUUUUUUGACAAGGUACAUAUAGAAUAAAUCUGAAUCCUGCAGCUUUUAUCAUCUGGUAAGAUUCCAAGCUGAGCAGUCUACUUAGAUGUGUAUUUAGAUGACAUUAUGUUGUGUGUAAUGAGGUACCUGAUCUUUAAAGAAAGACCCACUACUGAAAAAAAAAAAACAGAGAUUUGCAAUGACUUAUACAUAAGCUAAAUGAAAGACAUUAUAUGGAAAGUUCAAAAUAUUUCAAGUACCGGGAAGUUGCAGCUUGUAAAAUUAUACUCUCUGAAUUCAGUAGGAUAGCAGAGAAAUUGUGCUAAUGUGAUUUCAUUGAAACGUCACGUCUCAAACAUCCUGUGGUCCAAGUGUAUUCGUCUGUUCUGUGGAGUAAUUUUCUAUUCCGUUGCUGGUAUGAAAUUUUAGUGAAGUUGAAGUAAUUUUGAAUUAGUGACCUUUCUUACAAAGUUGCUUUAUGGUUUACAAGUAAUACUGAUGCAAAGAGGAUAUGGUAACCUUCUUAAAUUAAGUAGCACGCACUUUGUUUACCUGCUUCAGUCUAUUGUGGGGUAACUACGGGGCUGACCCGGUAUCAUGAGCACAGGGUUUGUGCUUUCGGAGCAACUGCAAUUGUGCUGUUCUCUUGUACCAAGGAUCAGUGAAAGUGUUUUAUCUUUUUUAUGUAGUUUGUAUGGACUGGAUUUUAUAACUGUAAGCAAACAGAAACAGAGUGUUGUAUUUUGAUCUGAAAUUUGUCUAUGGUAAAGUAAUUUUGUUUUAUGUAUUGGAAGUUCAUUUAAAACUUGAAAUCUUUUCUAGAAGGGUACCGAACAAAUGAAUCGUCCUUAAGCUGUUUAAUUAACCUAAUAAAACAACUUGAUGGGGAA